UUCCACCUCUUCUCUUGCAGUCAAGGGAACACCAUGGACAUGGCUUCAGCAAUCCACAUGCCAGGCCCAGUGUGUCUCAUUGAGAACACUAAAGGGCAACUGGUGGCUAAUCAGGAAGCUUUGAAGACCCUGUCUGCCAUUACCCAGCCUGUGGUGGUGGUGGCUAUCGUGGGCCUCUACCGCACGGGCAAGUCUUACCUGAUGAACAAACUGGCUGGGAAGAAAAAUGGCUUCUCUCUGGGCAGCACAGUGCAAUAUCACACCAAGGGAAUCUGGAUGUGGUGUGUGCCCCAUCUCUACAAGCCUGACAACAUCCUAGUUCUGCUUGACACUGAGGGCCUGGGAGAUGUAGAGAAGGGAGACAACCAGAAUGACUCCUGGAUCUUUGCCCUGGCCAUCCUCCUGAGCAGCACCUUCGUGUACAACAGUGUGGGAACCAUAAACCAGCAGGCCAUGGACCAACUGCACUAUGUGACAGAGCUGACAGAUCAAAUCAGGGCAAAAUCCUCACCUGAUGUGAAUGAGGGGGAUGAUUCAGUUGAAUUCGUGAGCUUCUUCCCAGACUUUGUGUGGACACUGAGAGAUGUGACCCUGAAGCUGGAGGUGGAUGGACAGCCCCUCACACCAGAUGAGUACCUGGAGAACUCCUUGAAGUUAAAACAAGGGAACAGAGAAAAAGAUAAAAAUUAUAACCUGCCCAGACUCUGCAUCCGAAAGUUCUUCCCAAAGAAGAAAUGCUUUGUCUUCUACCCACCCACUGAGUGGAGGAAGCUUGGCCAGCUUGAAACACUACAGGAUGAUGAGCUGGAUUCUGAUUUUGUGCAACAAGUGGCAGAAUUCUGUUGCUACACCUUCAUCCAUUCCAAGACUAAAACUCUUCCUGGAGGCCUCAAGGUCAAUGGACCUCGUCUACAGAGCCUUGUGCUGACCUACGUCAGUGCCAUCAACAGUGGGGAUCUGCCCUGCAUGGAGAACGCACUCCUGGCCUUGGCCCAGAGAGAGAACUCAGCCGCAGUGCAAAAGGCCAUUGCCCACUACAACCAGCAGAUGGAGAAGGUGCAGCUGCCCACAGAGACCCUCCAGGAGCUGCUGGACCUGCACAGGGCCAGUGAGAGGGAGGCCAUUGAAAUGUUCAUCAGGAGUUCAUUCAAAGAUGUAGACCACCUAUUUCAAAUGGAAUUAGCGUGUCAACUAGAGAAAAGGUGGAAAGACUUUUGUAAACAGAAUCAGGAAGCAUCAUCAGAUCGUUGCCAGGCUUUAAUUCAGCGUAUUUUCAGUCCUCUGGAAGAAGAUGUGAGCCAGGGGAUUUAUUCAAAGCCGGGGGGCUAUCAUCUCUUCAUUCAGAAGACACAAAAGCUGAAGGAAAAGUACCUUGAGGAACCGAGGAAAGGGACACAGGCUGAAGAGGUUCUGGGGACGUACUUCAGCUCCAAGCAGUCUAUGAUUAAUGCAAUUCUAAAGACAGAUGAGGCUCUCACAAACAAGGAAAGAGAGAUUGAAGUGGAACGUAGAAAAGCUGAAUCUGCAAGGGCUAUUGCAAAAAAGUUAGAGGAAAUGCAAAAGAUAAACGAGCAGAUGAUGGAACGGAAAGAAAAGAGUUAUCAGGACCACAUGAAACAAUUGACUGAGAAGAUGGAGAGGGACAGGGCCCAGUUGCUGGAAGAGCAAGAGAGGACUGUGGCUCUUAAGCUUCAGGAACAGGUACAGCUACUCAAAGAGGGAUUCCAGGAAGAGAGCCGAAGACUUCAGGAAGAGAUCAAGAAUGUGGAGAAUAGAUACAAAGAAACAAUGAACCUUAUGAAAGCUCAAUCUGCAGAGAGUACAGCAAAAAUUGAGAACAUGCAAAGAAAGUAUGAGCAGAUGAUGGAACAGAAAGAGAAGAAUCAUCAGGAAAAUGUGACACGUUUGGCUGAGCAAUUAGAAAGAGAUAGAGCCAAUAUAAUGGCAGAACAAGAAAGGACUCUGACUCGUAAACUUCAGGAACAAGAACGACAUCUCGAGGAUGAAAUUAGAGAAGAGAGAAGAAAACAUCAGAAAGAAAUCCAGGAUAUGGAGAUGAGAAACAUAGAAAUGAACCUGUCAUUGAAACAGGCAAAGCAUAAAGCAAAAAUUUUAGAGGAAGACCAAAGAGAGUUUGAGCGGAUGAUGGAACGGAAACAGAAUAGUCAUCAGGAACAUGUAAGACAACUGACUGAAAUGAUGAAGAGGGACACGGCCCAGUGGGUGGCAGAGCAUAAAAGGUCUACAGCUCGUAAACUUGAGGUAUCUAAUUGUGUCAUCUCGAUUUUCUCAUCCAAUGACCAGGGAUCAAAGCCACUGAUUACAAGUUAG